GCUGUGUCCCCCCAGAGCCGGCGCCUGCGGACCGAGGACCUGCGGGACCCCGACAUCUCCAAGGAGAUCGCGGUGAAGAUGUCCCGGUUCCACGGCAUGGUGAUGCCCUUCAACAAGGAGCCCAAGUGGCUGUUUGGGACCAUGGAGUGGUACCUGAAGCAGAUUUCGGAGCUCACCUUCCCCGAGGAAGGGCAGCUGAAGAAGUUCAACCACCUCAAGACUUAUAACCUGCAGGAAGAGAUGAAGAGCCUCAGGGAGCUGCUGGAGUCCACCCCCUCACCGGUGGUCUUCUGCCACAACGACGUCCAGGAGGGGAACAUCCUGCUGCUGGCUGGCCAGGAGGCUUCCUCCUCUGACAAGCUCAUGCUCAUCGACUUCGAGUACAGCAGCUACAACUACCGGGGCUUCGACAUCGCCAACCACUUCUGCGAGUGGGUUUACAACUACACCCACGAUUCCUGGCCCUUCUUCAAGGCUUCCCUGGAGAACUACCCCAGCCGGCAGCAGCAGCUGCAUUUCAUUCGGCAUUACCUCUCGGAGGACUCGGGGCGACGCGGGGACACUACGCACGAGGAGCAGGCCCGCAUCGAGGAGGAGAUGCUGACGGAGAUCAACCGGUUCGCUUUGGCCUCUCACUUCUUCUGGGGCCUGUGGUCCAUCGUGCAGGCAAAGAUCUCCACCAUCGAGUUCGGGUACCUGGACUAUGCACAGAGCCGUUUCGAGGCCUACUUCCAGCACAAGGCGCAGUGCUCCUGA